AUGAUUGUUUUGAAAUCUGAAGUAUUUAAUGAUGGGCGACAUACAGGAGAAAAUAUAGCCGUAAAGCUAGAAACUAUGUUGUCAUCAUGGGGAAUUCCCAAAGAAAAGGUAUUAUGUAUUGUUAGGGAUGGUGGCACUAACAUGAAAAAAGGUAUUUCUUUAUUAAAUAUUAAAAACAUUGAUUGUUUAUUGCACCAAAUUCAACUUGGUGUUAAGGAAGGGCUUAAGUCACAAGAAUCUAUCAUUGCAGUCAUUAACAAAUGUAAAAAGAUAGCAACACAUUUUCACCACUCGAAUGUAGCUCAAGAUGAACAUGCUAAUCUACAAGAAAAACUUAAUCAACCAAAGCUUAAGAUAAUCCAAGAGUGUGUUACGAGAUGGAAUAGCAACUUUUACAUGUUAGAACGAAUUUUAAAAAACAAAGAUUCACUGUGCCUUUAUGCUUCCACUGACAACAAAAUUUCACAACUAAGUUCAGAAGAAUGGAUAGUUGUGGAAAAAUUAAUUACAUUGCUUAAACCUUUUGAAGAAAUAACACGAGAACUAAGUGCAGCCAAUGUUUCCAUAUCGUCUGUGAUUCCGUUAUUGGCCACCCUGGAAAAGGUGAUUGAUGAAUAUGAUGCAUCUGAAGAAUGCAUUAGAAAAACUAUACUCGUUUUAAAACAAGAAAUGAAUCAGAUUUUCUCACUUGGAAAACCAAAAAUCCUUCAACCAAAGAUCAGGUCGUGA